AUGGACCUCUGUGUACCUCCGCAAGCUCUGGGAACACACCCAAUCUCAAGUACAGCCAUGGUUUCUGGUACACGCUCCAAAAGACAUAUCACAAAUCCACCAAAAACUUCAAAAAAUUCAAAAGCUUCAAAAACUUUGAAAACUUCGAAAACUUCGAAAACUUUGACUAGCCACAAUCAAAAUGCCCGUAAGAAGAACACUUCAUCAGCUUCUGGUACGGCGGCCGAUACUUUGAAUGAUGAGGAAGAAAUCAAAGAUCCGGACUUUGAAGACGAAGAUGAAGACACUCAAGAAAUUCCCAACAGCUCAAAAACCAUUCCAACCAAAAAAAUCUUUCGCUCCAGAUUUCCACAAUUGGAACUUGACACUUUUGAAGAACAACUUGAUCAAUGGACCAUAGCCAAACUUCGUGAUUGCAUUGUGAAGCAAAACUCUUGCCGUAGCUCAGCUCACAAAGACAUCAAGGAUACCGUGAAAUUACUCAGAAUGGAUUUUGAGAAACAAGUUCUCAUGGUCGCGUUGAUGGCAGGUGUUCCUGAAGUAGUCAUAUGGAAUUUAAUGGGGUUUGGGAAAUAUAAGGGCAAGGCAAACCCUUGGAUCCGGUUUCUUUCUUUCUGUAUAAAAUGUCUCGGUGACAAGUUACCAGAGCGCGACAACAAGGACGAAUGGGUCGCUCGAAAUCAGAAGAUGGCUGACGAGUGGGCUCAACUGAGCAAAGACGAGCAAAACAUCUUUCGCGAUCCAUAUUUCUUCGCUCUAGCCGGCAUUCCUGAUUAUUCUACGCAUGUCAUCGACACUGAAGAGACUGUAGAAGACGAUCCUGCAAAUGGAGUCAAUGUACAGCAAUUUGAUGCUUCCACCACACCGGCUACAGUCCAUCAACUAUCAGAAUCUGACAAAGAGAAGUACCAGCCUAUAUUUAACAAGUUGGUGAACGUUGACAAGGUUCAUAUGUGCCAUGGAAAACCUGAACCGCUGCCAUCUAUCGCCACUCUUCAAAAGAGAUCCCUUCUUGCUGUGAGAAAGGCUCACCAAGACUUUGCGGUGAUCUGUCAACGAAAUCAAAUAUCUUAUUACUUGACAACUGCAAGCUGUGGCGGAGUUAAUGGGUGGUCGCAAACAUUCUCAAAUGACGUCGAUUUCGCCAAGUGGGCACUUGACAAAUGUCAUGUACCAACCAAAUUUGCCAACUAUGUCCAUGGAAAAGAUGCGGUUCAAGAAAUCAAGAAGAAGACUCCACAAGCGAGCAAUGCCCGCAGAAGUCAACUAACUAUGCUUCUCAAUAAUCUGAUGAGAGCACAUGCCCGAGGUAUUCCAAAAGUGCCCGAUCCGGUCAGCUACAUACAAACUAAGCGUUGGAAAGUUCAAAUUGUACAGAAACCUGGAAGUUCCCUCUCAUCGCAAGACCUCCUUGUUGGUCACCGAAAAGCUACUGAUUCGAUUGUCAAGGCCUGGAUCAAAGAUAUUCAAGACAAGAAUUUCGUACUGGAAGCAUUAUCUGAAUCUGAGAUCAAUCAACAGGACGCCACUUUGCAAGAAUCAGCCAACCCAGCCCUUCAAAACGAUCAAUCAGACCCCAAUCGUAGCUCCAGCACAGAACAAACUAGGUACAAGGGCAAGAAGCGGCGCGUGGUUUCCGAUUCUGAGUCUUCAGACACCAAUGAUGUUUAG